CAUGCAACUGCACACUCCAAAUGUCUUUCCCUAUCUGUGUGUUCCCUUAUCUCGCUGUUCUAUUUUUUUCCUCAUUUGCAUUAACCCUUUCUCACCUUUUUUUGAACCUCCAGGACUUCUCAGAAGUGGUGGGAGACAACGUUCCUCAGCAAAAAGCCAAGAUAGUAAGAAACAAGCCACACUUCUCCUUGGGGAGGCUGAUAGGAGUUUAAAAGGUUUGUUGUGGCGAGUAUCACAGACAUUCCCAACUCCCUCACCAACCCUUUGCUUCCACCUCUACCCACUGGAGACCACUUAGACACCUAAGCGGAGGCGACAACAGAAUUCAGGAAACCAUGCAUCAUGUCACCGGGAGACAGCUGCAGACUUUAAACUCCGUUCACCAUGCGGAUGCGGCCGAGAAAUGACCUGUCCAGACAAGCCAGGGCAGCUCAUAAACUGGUUCAUCUGCUCCCUGUGCGUCCCGGGAGUGCGCAAACUCUGGAGCAGCCGGCGCCCAAGGACCCGGAGGAACCUCUUGCUGGGCACUGCCUGUGCCAUCUACCUGGGCUUCCUCGUGAGCCAGGUGGGGCGCGCAUCGCUCCAGCACAGACCCGCAGCGGAAAAGGGGCCGCACCGGCGCCGAGACACCGCCGAGGCACCCUUCCCUGAGAUACCCUUGGAUGGUACCCUGGCCCCUCCCGAGUCCCAGGACAAUGGAACCACCCUGCUGCCCAAUGUGGUGUACAUUACCCUACGCUCCAAGCGAAGCAAGCCCGCCAAUAUCCGCGGCACGGUGAAACCCAAGCGCAGGAAGAAGUACGCAGUGGCAUCCCUGGCCCCAGCACAGGAGGCUUUGGUCAGACCAUCCCUUCAGCCGCAGGGAGCAGCAGGGGCAGCUGAGGCUGAAGUGCCUGGGUACGUCCAGAGAGGAAACCUGGCCAAGGUUGGGGAAAGAUCCUGGAGAUUGAUAAGGGGUCCGGGAGGACCAGUUGGGGGCUCAGAUUUCCAGCUGCCCCAGGCCAGGGAGAGCAACAUCAGGAUCUACAGUGAGAGCGCCCCCUCGUGGCUGAGCAAAGAAGACAUCCACCGAAUGCGCCUGUUGGCAGAUGGUGCCGUGGUGGGCUUCCAGCCAGUGUCCUCUAAGAGCCAAGCGCGUUUGCUGGUGCUGGAGGGGAGCGCCGCUGGCUCUGUGCCUGGUUGCGGCUCUAGCCCCUGCGGGCUGGUCAGGCAGCCCUUGGACAUGAGUGAGGUGUUCGCCUUCCACCUGGACAGGAUCCUGGGCCUCAACAGGACCCUGCCUUCUGUGAGCAGGAAAGCAGAGUUCAUCCAAGCAGCAGCAGCAGCAGCAGCAGCGUGUCUUUCCAUAUGCUUGGCAUUCGUUAUUGUCCCAGCCUUGGGAUAUGAGAGUUCCAGGGAAAUGCUGUACUCAACAUGCAAGAAUGGCCGCCCCUGUCCUGUUAUUCUCUGGGACCCAUCUUUAUCUCCAACGAGUAACGAGACCCACUCUUCUGUGAAGCUCACCUGGGGAGCCUACCAGCAGCUGCUAAAGCAGAAGUGCUGGCAGCAUGGCCGCGCACCCAGACCCGAGUGGGGUUGUACUGCAGUGCAUCACCACGAGUGGUCCAAGAUGGCCCUCUUUGAUUUCCUGUUACAGAUUUAUAAUCGCCUAGACACAAAUUGCUGUGGAUUCAAACCUCGAAAGGAAGAUACCUGUGUACAGGAUGGACUGAGGCCAAAAUGUGACAACCAAGAUUCGGUGGCUCUCGCACACAUUAUCCAGCGAAAGCAUGACCCAAGGCAUUUGGUCUUUCUAGACAACAAGGGUUUCUUUGACAGAAGUGAAGAUAACCUAAACUUCAAAUUGUUAAAAGGCAUCAAAGAGUUUCCUGAAUCUGCAGUGUCUGUUUUGAAGAGCCAGCACUUACGGCAGAAACUCCUUCAAUCUCUGUUUCUUGAUAAAGUUUAUUGGGAGAGUCAAGGAGGUAGACAAGGAAUUGAAAAGCUUAUUGAUGUAAUAGAACAAAGAGCCAAAAUCCUUCUCACCUACAUCAAUGCACAUGGGGCCAAAGUAUUGCCUAUGAAUGAAUAACAAACGGGUCUUCUGGCUAGAGGACUAGAUACACUUAUGCAUUUUUGUUUCUAAAUCAAGUACACAAACUUCAACUCCUUUUAGGAAUGAGAUAGAGUAGAUAAAUACAUAACAUAAAUGAAUUUAACCAAGUAUAUAUGAUGGGCCUGCAUGCCAUAAGCAGACUUCUAAAGCUUUAAAACAUAUUCUCCUUAAAAAUAUUUGUUUAUAUUUUCACUACCAUCGUCAUGUGAGUCUCAACAUCUGAUUACAAAAUGGUUGCAAUUAUUAUGACAGCAAGUUUUGUUAAGACAUUUGUCAUAUUAUUGAAUAGAACAGCAUAAACUGACUCCUUUAAGAAAUAUUUUAUGCCAUUUUCACUGGUCUGACCAAAUAUUAAUGGGAAUGAAUCUUGAAUAUUUCUGUUGCUGAUUGCUAAAACAGAAGUCCCCGCACUUACCCUGCGGCACCUCUAAACUGGAAAACCGAGGCACAUGACCUACAAAUAUAUCAGUGCCUGCAAUAAUUCUAAAUAGAAAUGGUGAGCUGUUUGCAAAACUACCAGUUUAUAUUCUAUUGUAUCUAUAAAUAACUAGCUGUUUCUGUGAUUCUGAGCAGCAAGAAUCACAUUUUCCAUUCCCUUUAGAAAUUUUUGUCGUCAGUGUAGAAGUCGUCCAAAUCUGACAAUUUAUAUGUUAGGUAGUUUUGCCCUCUCAUUUUUGGUCCAAUUUACGUCUAGUGGCUUAAAAAUUAAAUAAUUUUAAGAUUUGAAGUUAUCUACUUGAAACUGUACUUAUGGAGUACCCCCCCUUUUUUUAAAGAUGGUAUUUUAAAAAAUUUGUAAUUUCUACAGGGGUUAUAUAUAAUUUCUGUAUAUUUCAUAAAGAAUAGAUUUCUUCAAAUUUGUUCGGUGUAAUUACAUUUAAGCUGAUUUGAUUGAUAUUGCCUAGAUAUUGGCAAUAGGAUCAGAUGUUGACUAUGUUUAAAUAUAUUGUUUGGCUUAUUCUAACAUAAGAAAUAUGAGCUAAAUAAAUUAAAACUGGAUUCUGGUCAUUUGUCCUCAUGGAAAGCACAUGACUAGAACUAAAACAGCA